AUGGCCAGAGGAAGGGAAGGAGGGAAACAGAAGCAGGAAGCACAGACUCUCCUACAGGCAAUCAGGAGCAAGAGGGUUGGCAUCAUCGGAGCUGGAGUCAGUGGCUUGGCUGCCAUACGGUGCUGUCUGGAGGAGGGGCUGGAGCCCACUUGCUUUGAAAGGAGCAAUGAUGUUGGAGGCCUGUGGAAAUUCUCGGACCCCAAAGAAGGCAGAGCCAGCAUUUACCAGUCUGUAUUCACGAACUCUUCCAAAGAAAUGAUGUGCUCUCCAGACUUCCCUUACCCGGAUGAUUACCCAAACUACAUGCACCACAGCAAGCUCCAGGAAUAUAUAAAGACAUUUGCUCAAAAGAAGGAUCUUUUAAGAUACAUACAGUUUGAGACCUUGGUUUCCAGUAUAAAGAAAUGUACCAGCUUCUUAGUCACAGGCCAAUGGGUUGUUGCUACUGAAAAGGAUGGGAAACAGGAAUCUACUAUUUUUGAUGCUGUAAUGAUUUGUUCAGGACAUCAUGUAUACCCCAAUCUGCCAACUGAUUCCUUUCCUGGCCUGGACCGGUUUCGAGGCAACUACCUCCAUAGCCGGGAUUAUAAGAAUCCAGAAGCCUUCAAAGGGAAGAGGGUCCUCGUGAUCGGUCUGGGGAAUUCGGGAUCUGACAUUGCUGUUGAGCUCAGCCGUCUGGCUACACAGGUCGUUAUCGGUACCAGAAGUGGUUCCUGGGUCAUGAGUCGGGUCUGGGAUGAUGGCUAUCCUUGGGAUACGGUGUACGUUACCCGCUUUGCAUCCUUUCUCCAGAAUGUCCUUCCUUCAUUCGUCUCUGACUGGUUAUAUGUCCAGAAGAUGAACACAUGGUUUAAGCAUGAGAACUAUGGCCUGAUGCCUUUAAAUGGUUCCCUGAGAAAAGAGCCUGUGUUCAAUGAUGAGCUCCCAUCCCGCAUCCUGUGUGGCAUUGUGUCCAUCAAGCCCAGUGUGAAGGAGUUCACGGAAACCUCAGCUGGGUUUGAGGAUGGGACCGUGUUUGAGGCUGUCGACUCUGUCAUCUUUGCAACAGGCUAUGAUUAUUCCUACCCCUUCCUUGAUGAGACCAUCAUUAAAAGCAGAAACAAUGAGGUCACCUUGUUUAAAGGCAUCUUUCCCCCACUAAUGGAGAAGCCAACCUUGGCUGUGAUUGGCUUGGUUCAGUCCCGUGGAGCUGCCAUCCCCACAGCAGACCUGCAAGCCCGCUGGGCUGCUAAAGUAUUUGCAAGUAGUAUGUUCUCUUCUUUCUUCAGGUUUGGCCAGAGCCAGACUUUGCAGACAGAUUACAUCACAUAUAUGGAUAAGCUGGGCUCUUUCAUAGGGGCCAAGCCUAACAUACCAUGGCUCUUCCUGACAGAUCCCCGCCUCGCCCUGGAGGUGUACUUUGGCCCUUGCAGCCCAUAUCAGUUUCGACUGAUGGGACCAGGGAAGUGGGAUGGGGCCAGAAAUGCCAUCCUGACCCAAUACAACCGGACAGUGAAGCCAACCAGGACAAGAGUUGUCAGUGAAGCUCAGCGACCCCACCCCUUUUACAAUUUGCUUAAAAUGCUUUCAUUCCCAUUACUCCUUCUGGCUGCUACACUUACAUUAAUGAGAAAGUCUUUGAGGUCUCAAAGUUCAGAGUAAGUGUAAUCACACAAUACAACACACACACACACAAUCACAAUCUAGUUCCUCUCUCCUUUCCUGAAGUUAUGAAAAUCAGUAUUGGCCCCUUUGAAUUAAAGUAUAAGUAAAAUGGAAAAUACUCAGCCUCUCUCUCUGUUGGGAAUCUGUUCUCUAAAAGGCUUUUCACAUGCUGGAUUGGCAGAUUUGGGGAUGCUUAAGACAAGACAGGAAGUCGAAUAUGCCUGAGCACGGAUUUUCAGGCUGAACAAAGUUUAAUAAAAUGUAAAGGCAUUUUAUUUUGUCCAUUAUAGUAUAUCAACCAAAUGUAUUUUUCACAUUAACUGAAGUUCUUGACAUUAAAUCAACAUAGAGAGUUAAGU